AGUCGUCCAUAGUUGAUUAAAAUAUAUACUUUGUGGCACUACCGAGUACAGAUUAACUACUGUGUAAAGACGUAUUAAAUACCAAUAUUCUUAAAAUAAUAUAAUCUUAUCUAAAUAUUUAACUCAGACCUCAGUGAUUGUUACACAACACGUCAACACUAGUACACUAACUGUAUAGUGUAUACUGUAUACUAUAUAGUACAGUGCAACAGCGGUUUACUGCCACUUCAUAUUUUAUUUUGUGCUACAACGAUCAACUUACUAAGUUUUCGUUGUCGAUUCACUUAAUCAUUUUAAAAUUUGUUUAUAGAAACUAAAAGUAAAUACAUCUCAGAUACAAUGGCAUCAAAAAAUCAGUUCAUCACGUUUAAUAAUGGUCAGAAGUAUCCGAUUGUAGGGUUUGGCACUUGGAAGUCAAAGCCUGGCGAAGUUGAAGAAGCAGUCAAAGCUGCUAUAGAUACAGGAUAUAGACAUAUUGACUGUGCUAUGGUUUAUGAAAAUGAAAGCGAAAUAGGAAAAGCUAUUAAGCAAAAAAUUGAUGAAGGUGUUGUUAAACGUGAAGAUUUAUUCAUUACUAGUAAAUUGUGGAACACUUUUCAUCAACCUGAUUAUGUCGAAACAGUAUUGAAAAAAACUUUAUCUGAUUUGCAAAUCGAAUAUUUGGACCUAUACUUAAUACACUGGCCUAUGGCUUUUAAGGAGGGUAAGCUGGAAGAUGAAUGGUUCCCAAAGGAUGCUAAUGGAGUCACACUUGAAGGAAAUGGUUCUUAUAUAGAAACAUGGAAAGCAAUGGAAAACUUGGUUAAAAAAGGUCUUGUCAAGUCAAUUGGUAUAUCAAACUUUAAUAAGAAACAAAUAGAAAACGUACUGAGUAUAGCUACUAUAAAGCCAGUUGUUAAUCAAAUUGAAUGUCAUCCAUACUUGAAUCAAAAAAAAUUAAAAGAAUUUUGCGAACAAAAUAACAUAUUUGUAACUGCAUACAGUCCUUUAGGAUCUCCAGACAGACCUUGGGCUAAGCCAGAAGAUCCAUCACUCUUGGAGGACCCAAAAAUUGUAGCUAUUGCAAAAAAAUAUGGCAAAACUACUGCUCAAGUUUUGAUUAAAUAUCAAGUACAAAGAGGCAACAUUGUCAUUCCAAAAUCUGUGACCAAGAGUCGUAUUGAAUCAAAUUUUGAUAUAUGGGAUUUUGCAUUAGAACAAGGCGAUAUAGAUGCAAUUGAUACUUUUGAUUGUAAUGGCAGAGUUCUUCAUCUUAACUGGAAUAAACAUUUCAAGGAUUAUCCAUUCCACGAUGAAUAUUAAUAUCAAAAAUGUUUCUGCAAUAAAACUUAUAAUUUUUAAUUUAUUUUGUUACUAUACUGUUUAAAGUAUAGCACAUUUUAAUUUCAUAAUCAAUUUAAUAGAUUUAUGUGUAUUACACAUAACAAAUAAUAUUUUUGUAAACAACACAUUAAAAAAGUAUUUAAUUUGCAAUAAGAAAAAUGUAUUUUCACAUAUUA